GUGGAAUAACACAGGCCGUAGCCCUUCUGUCUUUACUAUACAAAUCUGUAUCUGUAAAAUAUAGGUACACUCACACUCACCUGCGCUUUUUGUGAUUUUGACAAAUUGGCCUUGAGGCUCACAUGAUUGCGAUCGUAUGUUACGCCACAUCAAUUCGUAUUGUAAAUCUACCAGAGUGUAAGUUACAUGGUCUAAGUAGUACCUAUCCUUAUGAUAACUGUGAAUCAAAUAAACACGAUUUGACUAUUCAAGAGAAACAGAACCCACACUCCACCCAUGCAUAUCGGAUAGUGAAAAAUGUUUUCUCUUUAAACUUGCUGGAAUUUCAGUAUUUGUACGAUGCUUCCAUGGAUCAGGCUUUUGCUGCUUGCCUACUUCGCUACCUCAGGCAUCUCAAAACCGUACCGGCUAUGUUCCUACCAUGUCAGUAUGAACGAACAUUAUGUGAUAACCCAAUGUGGAAAGUUGUUAUAAGUCGUCUGGUCAAGGCAAUUGUAAUCGAAGAAUCCAUGGCCUGGCUUUCUACACUUGGCGGUGGAUAUUCUUCACUUGGAGAUCACAGUGAUUAUGCGGCGAGUUUGGCUGGGACGGUUUCACUCUUUCAAAUGAGCCUUGCGUUAGAAAUCAACUCUCCUGUUCUCCUAGCAAAGUCCCAACUUUGGUUUGCUCAAAGUUUAAUGCAGAGAGGAUAUUUGAAAAAUUCUGCUAAAAUAUUGAGGUAACACAACUUUAUUUAUAUAAACUGGUAUCUGGGUUCCCUGAUUCCAUUAAAUUGUGAUAAUGAUGUGUGUCAAUGCGUUUGCUACUUUUGAACUAUUUACUAUUAUGAACGUACUCACUAGCACAUAUUUCUAUAUUUUUGGUAUGAACUCUAAAUCUGUCCCCAGAUCAUGAUUGCCUGUAAUAAAUUAAGUUGGUCACCGACUAAUUGAUCUUGUUAACUGUUGUCUAUUUAUUUACCUGCAAAGUGGGUCGUUUGUGUUAUCGAUCCAUCUGUUAUCCUUAUCCGAAUUUGAACGUCUUUAAUUAUUUAUAACCCGACUGUUUAUCUAAUAAAAGAAACCCAUGCUGUUAAUGGACAUUAAAAAUCUACUGCUGUUUGACAUUAUCUAUCUAGACGUAACAAUCCGCUUUUUUUUCGUUAAAUUUGGUUUCACAGUCGUAGAUACAACAGGGAUUUUCGGUGUUUUAUUUCAUUUAGUUUAUAGUCAUAGGAAAAUUGCUUACCUAAACAUCGCAAGAAAGUCACUGACAAGUGUGAUAAUUCAUGUAUUUCUACACACAACGCUUUUUGUUAAGACUAUUGGUUUUGCUACUCAUGCUGUUGUACUUACAUCCCAGCUGCGUUAAAACAAAUUGUUUUGAACGAACCAUAAAGAUGGGUAUCGUUUAGGUUGCCUUACAUUUUUUUCUGCUGCACAGUCAACUAUUGACAUAUUGUAAUAUUGGUGAUUCUAUUAUUAAGUGCAAGUAUUAAUUAACUUGGUUACUUCUUUUUGUCUAAUUCUUCCUAGUUUCUUCAGGUUUCACUGCAUAAAAACUCAUGGCUAAAUAAUGUGUCUUAAGUAUUAAUAGACAUCUAUAUUUGGCUACUUAUCCACUGCUCUGUAUAUGCUUUCUUACUUUAUUGUCCUCCUUACUAUUUCCUGAUGUUUUGAGAUAAUAUUCUGCGUUAUUUCUGACUUCAAAGGCUAUGAGUAGGGUUGGUAAUGUACUUUUUAGCUUUGUCAUAAAUGUUAUUAAAAUCAGACAUUCAGAAUGUCAAGAGAAAUUGGCCAGUGUAAUCUUAUUAAAUUUACGCUGUUUUUGUUGCAACUUUCCCUUUGGGUGAGGAAGGUGAGAUUAAAUGCAAUAAUUUUCACAUCACGCAGAUUUCAAAAGAUACAAUACUCUAACUAUCAUAUGUAAUGUGCAACAAAUAGGUUGGAAGACAUGAUUGGUCCUAAACCCCAGAAUCUGAAGAUAAAUAUCUCUUGCCGUCGUCGUAAAUUUCCCUUGGAAAGUGUUAGUUGUAUGUCCUUAAUCUUUACAAUCGAUGGAGUCCCUCCGUAACAUCAUGAAAAAGUUAUUGUUGGCUUGUGAAACAUUUAACGUAAAGCAAAACCUGUCUAAGUCCGACAAAUUAUUGUGUCAAAAAUAGUGGUAACCUCGUGUCUCGUAGUCGGGGAAAAUUGGCAAAUGUCAGCACACCACCAUGUUCUUUAUAAUGAUGUAAUAUAUCUAAUUAGUUUAUUGUGGUUUAGUAACGUAAAUUUUAGAUUUACGAUACAUUGGUUUAAGUUACUGCAUUUACAAAAGAAAGCUGCUAACAAUCAACUGAUGUUCUUUGAGAAAAUGUUGAUGCGAUUGAUUUCCCUCACAAGCAAAGCAAGAAUAACAGUAUUCUUGGAACUAAAUGAAUUCACUUUAUUUAUUUCUCUUUGGCUACAUAAAAUCUAAUAAGUUCAGUUCAAAAUAUUAUGUAAUUUUCAAGAAAUCUCGUCACGUAUACAAUUUAACUGUAAAGUCGACUGCACCACUAGAUGACCCAGGUUUGGAUCUCUGAGGGCGAAUCAGUCUAUUCAAAAUAUGGAUGCAACUCGUUUGUUUGUACCCGCUAGCACAAUACCGAUGUCCAAAGUUUCGUGUCUAUCGCCCUUGACCGCCUAAAUAUUACUUGUUUAGUGAUUACUUCAACAACAUCAAUACGAAUAUACAUAAUGUGGAGACCUCUUAUGAGGCCUGAUGUUUCAUCUGAUAUGCGCAUAGAUUACAUGGCUCUUGGUUUGUGGGCACGUUUACGUCACUUAUGGAAAACAAAACACAAAAUAAAGUCGAGUUUAUCCAUUUCAUUAUCAGUGGAUAAUAAUUUACUUUCUCUAUAUCCGCAUGUUAAUAUGUUAGUCAGUCGACUUUAAAUAUAAAGAUUUAUAUACUUUCAGAAUAUUUGUAUAACUACUUAUUUUACCUUCAGAUAUCUUCCGUUUUUAUUCAACCUCAUCAAAUACUAUUCAUGAAUUA